AAUAAAUAUUUACAUAUACUGCAAGCAGUGAUAUUUGAUUGAUGAUCAUUAUCAUGAUUCAUGAUACAAUUAUGGGAUCUUUUUCAAAUUCAAAAACAAAGCCCAAAAAGAAAAAAAGAAAAUGAAAAGAAAUGGAAGCAGUGACAAGAAUCUUGUCAAGCCGCUCUUGGGUUCGUUCCCAGAAAACCCAAGAACUAAAAAGGGCUCUCCAGCUCCUAAGCUGAGCAAUUCAACAACGGAUGAAAAGAAAAGAAAAGAAAAGAAAAGAUAUACACAUGAAAAUUAAUAAAUAUAGUUAGAGAUGAUGAUGCAUUAUUAAUCUUUUAGAACACGGUAACAUGUUGUUGUUGUUUGUUGGGUAUUUGAUGUCCGAAUCUUGUGGGCAAAAAGUCAUAUGCAUACACCCAUUUGUUUUGAUUUGAAAAGCUAUCCAAUCACAAAUGUGAAACAAAAGAACAAAAUUUCACUUAUUUUUAUUUAUUUAUUUAUUAGCAGUAAUUAUUAUUGAUAAUAGAUUUAGAUGGAUGCUAUGAUUUGUUUUUGGGUUAUUUCUCGUUUGCCAAAAAAGAAAAGAUCAUAGAAAAUUGAAUUUUUAUUAGUGUGUUAUUGUUUUUGUUUUGACCCAAUUGGGUGUGGAUGAAACUGUAGUAAAAAAAAACUGACACUUCUGUUCUUAAAGAAAAAGGUCUUUGAUUGAUUGUCAAUUACAACAUUUACUAGUCCUUUUUCUAAUUUAUUUAUUGCUUGACUCUAUUUUGUGGAUGAUUUUGAAUUUUUUUUAUUUUUUUGUUCGGUGUGUGAGGUGGGAGAGAUUUUUAUUAGAGAAAGAGAUGGCCUUUCGGGUUUUCUUGAGAUUUCUUUAUUAGUACAUGUCCUAUUAGGGUUCCUUUAUUUUUGUUAUUCUCUUACGAGUUUUUCGUUCUGGGUUUUUUUUUUUUGAAAUUUCCUCUUCUUUAAUUCGGUGCUUUUGCCUUUAUUAGCCCAUUUGGAUUCCUAGAUUUUUCUUGUUCUAAUCUGGGUCGUUGGGUUUUCUUCAAUUUCAGACUCUUCUUUUAGGUCUGCUUUUAAGGGUUCCGUUGCUUUGGGCAUCAAAGUUUAUGGAUAUUCCUGAAAUUGUUAAUCUGGGAUCCAUAGGAUAGGUUUCUUGUAAAUUUUAGGGUUGUUUUUGAUUUGAUUGUGUAGGGGUGCUUGGGUUCCGGGAGGCAUUGGUGUAAUUGGCUCUGCUACUUGGGAAGUGGUUACUCUCAAUUUUGAAUAUAUAUUGAGGGAUCUUGGCAUGUAUGCAUGAUGUUUCAUGCUCAAGGUCCUUCAGGGAAUCAUUGCAGUCUCCUUGCAGUCCUCUGUAGCAAAACCCCAGAUAGUAAGCAGAAGCAGCGUCCCUCUGGUGAUAAACCCAGAUACCCUUUUCCUGAGCUUUCUUCUAAAGGGCGUCUUGAGGUCCAAUUACUUACUAAUCCUGGCACUGAUGAAUUCCGGCAAGUGCUUCAGUCGUCAGAGCCCAAUAUUGUGUACUUGCAAGGAGAGAUAAUUGAAGAUAGUGAAGAAAUUGGUUCUCUGAGAUGGGGAGAUGUUGACUUGUCCACCCCAGAAGCCUUAUGUGAAUUAUUUGGUUCCACAUUGCCUGCCACAGUUUAUUUAGAGAUUCCAAAUGGUGAAAAAGUGGCUGAGGCUCUUCACUUCAAGGGAGUUCCCUUUGUCAUAUAUUGGAAAAGUACGCUUUCAUGUUAUGCAGCUUGUCAAUUUCGUCAAGCUUUGUUGUCUGUUGUACAAAGUUCCUGCAGCCACACAUGUGAUGCGUUCCAACUUGCCCAUGCAUCUUUUAGUCUUUUCUGUGUAAGAAACAACAAUGUCAUAACUUCCAAUGGCCAGAAAGUUAGUGGUAAACCUGGACCUAGUGGUAAGCCUGGACCACGCUUGCUUGGGGAUCCACCAAAGAUUGAUAUUACUCUACCUGAGGCAGAUACUCAGGAUGAAGAAAGUUCUUCUGGGACCCUUCCCGCUAUAAAGAUAUAUGAUGAUGAUGUGACCUUGAAGUUUCUUGUUUGUGGACUGCCAUGCUUACUGGAUGCUUGCUUAUUAGGAUCAUUGGAAGAUGGGCUAAAUGGUCUCUUAAACAUUGAAAUUCGUGGGAGUAAACUUCAUAAUCGAACAAGUGCUCCACCACCUCCUCUACAGGCAGGAACAUUUUCUCGUGGUGUAGUGACCAUGCGAUGUGAUUUAUCUACAUCUAGUUCAGCUCAUAUAUCACUUCUAGUAUCUGGCAGUGCACAGACUUGUUUUAACGAUCAGCUUUUGGAGAAUCAUAUAAAGAAUGAGCUUAUAGAGAAUAGUCAGCUAGUCCAUGCACUGCCAACCUCUGAGGAAAGCAAAUCGCCUACUUCUGAGCCUCGGAAGUCUGCAUCUAUAGCUUGUGGGGCAAGUGUUUCUGAAGUUUCGUUGAAGGUUCCUAGAUGGGCAUCACAGGUUUUGCGGCAACUGGCACCAGAUGUAUCUUACCGCAGCUUAGUUAUGCUAGGAAUUGCUAGCAUUCAAGGAUUGUCUGUAGCUUCCUUUGAGAAAGAUGAUGCAGAGCGCAUCCUUUUCUUUUGUUCAAAUCAAGGCAAAGAGAUCUAUGCUAAUAAUUUCAUUCUCACCAAGCCUCCUAGCUGGUUGAUAGCUCCUGCACCUCGUCGAAAAAGAUCUGAGCCAUGCAGAGAAACUAAACCCUUCAGUUCUACUGGCCUUGAAUAUGAAAAUGGAGGAAAUGUUGCACAAAAACUAAAUGUUGCUGCAAUGAGGCCAAUCCCUCACACUAAGCAUCAUAAGUUGUUGCCUUUUUCUGGAUUUACUGAGGGUGAAAGAUAUACUGGAGAUCAAGGGAAGCCUAAUUUGCCAAUUGCGCCUGCAAAGCAUGGUGUUAUUGGCCCAGCUCCUGUAUCACAUCGGAAAUCUCUGUCAAGCUCUUAUCAGGCUCAGCAGAUUAUUUCUCUAAAUCCAUUGCCUCUUAAGAAACAUGGUUGUGGCAGAGCACCUAUACAAGUUUGCUCAGAGGAGGAAUUUUUGAGGGAUGUAAUGCAGUUUUUGAUCCUUCGCGGACAUAGUCGACUUGUUCCACAAGGUGGACUGUCUGAGUUUCCUGAUGCUAUCCUUAAUGCAAAACGCCUGGACCUUUUCAACUUGUAUAGAGAGGUUGUUUCAAGAGGAGGCUUUCAUGUUGGGAACGGCAUCAACUGGAAAGGACAGGUUUUCUCAAAGAUGCGCAAUCAUACAUUGACCAAUAGAAUGACUGGUGUUGGCAAUACAUUGAAAAGACAUUAUGAAACUUACCUUUUGGAAUAUGAAUUAGCCCAUGAUGAUGUGGAUGGAGAAUGUUGCUUGUUGUGUCACAGUAGUGCGGCUGGUGACUGGGUGAACUGUGGAAUAUGUGGUGAAUGGGCACAUUUUGGCUGUGACAGGAGGCAGGGGCUUGGUGCAUUUAAGGACUAUGCCAAGACAGAUGGAUUGGAGUACAUUUGUCCCCACUGCAGCAUUGCAAAUUUCAGAAAGAAAUCCCAGAAAACAACAAAUGGAUAUUAACAAGCCUUUGAGGCCCAUGACUCACAUUCUCCUUGUCUUACUCUUUCAUUUUGUUUUGUUUCUUUUCUUUUCCUUUCCCAUAUAAAUGCACAACUAGGAAUGUAAUUAUUGUAUUUUAUCCCCAAUUGUUGUUUCCAUAUAGAUUAGGCCAUUAAGAAGGCCCUCCAAUUUUUUUUCCCCUACAUCUGUCCUAUACUCUGGAAAGAGCCAUUUCGAGGAAGAGUAAUUGUAGAAUAUAUAUUUAUCUUUUUAAAUUAAUCUAGUCAGGUAGUUUUCUCAACUA